GCGAGGCGUGUGGCGCGCGACCUGGUCACUGGUAAUUCCUGUCCAAGGUCGAAGUUUCCACUGUAUUGAGCUUAACGUAAAUGUAACGAUCGAAACAGCCAGCAGAACUCUGAAAGGUCGAGCUAAUAAUCUCAUUCAACCGUUCGGUAUACAACAUAUAGGUUCACCGUGAUAUCGUCUGUGAUAUAUUAUACGUGUUCUUCUGUUUGAAGUUAAAAGUUACAGUUGGUCUGACGACUAUCUGCAGUAACUGCAACUCUUGUGCAAAACACAAUAAUUCAUUAAUGGUUUGAUGUCUUAAUCUACAAAGCAAGGUAAAACUUACAUCAGUCAACACUUCAGUAGGCCUAAACAGCACUCAAGCUCAACGUAUUAUCGUGUGUUCUAUAUUUUGAACCGGGCUUGUUUGCUGAGCAUUCGGAUAGCCCCACUGCUUCGUUGGCCUUUACAAAGUGUGUGUCUGAAGUUACUAGUUUCAGUUAGACAUAGCGCUACCCGUGGAAACUAUAAUUUAUUAGAAGUACAUUUCUUUCUUCUCUAAUGGCUGGACGUGUUCAUCUUGUGUUCAUCGUCUUAGUUUUGCUUACUACCUCUCUUGUGAGGGAAUGUCAAGCCAUCGACCCCACCGUGUCCGCCCCUGCCGGCAGAUUCCAAGGUCUUCGGGAGAAUGAUCAGAAAGGCCAGCCGUAUUUUGCCUUCCGGGGGAUUCCAUACGCAAAACCACCGGUUGGAGAACUACGAUUUGCCUUGCCGAAACUUUUGUCCAAAUUAGACGGGACUUUCGACGCAACACAUUUUGGACAGAUAUGUCCCUUUCCGGACGUGUUUUUGAAUUUCCUGGAAAAGGAGCAAGGUGGUGAAGACUGUCUCUUUCUAAACGUCUACACCAAAGAGUUGGCUCCGUCCUCACCGAAAAAGGUGUUGGUCUUCAUACACGGCGGGGGGUACGUUGUUGGGAGUUCUAAUGAGUACAACACAGGCACUGUUGUGACGACUCACGAUAUAGUUGUCGUUACCAUCAACUACCGCUUGGGCGUUCUAGGUUUCUUCAGCACUGAGGAUCAGUCCAGCCCUGGAAACUUUGGGCUCUGGGACAUAACCUUGGCUUUGAAAUGGGUCAAGGACAACAUAGUGUCUUUCGGAGGCGACCCUAACGACGUCACCAUAUUAUAUCCGGGGAGUCUGCUGGGGGUUCUGCUGUGGGUUAUCUUUCCAUCUCUCCUCACACCAAAGGACUUUUCUCUAAGGCGUAUCCACAGAGCGGAACUCCUACUUCAGCAUUCGGCAAAGCACUUGACCCACAGAAAGAUGCUUUAA